UUAUAAAACACCCCAGGCAGUGGGGACUGGGGACUGCGCUCUCUGCAGGCGGCCCUGGGGGAGCAGCUGAGCGUGGACAUGGGACCCCGCGGCGCGGGGCUCCUGGCGGUGCUGCUCGCGCUGGGGCUGAGCGCCCCGGCCGGGGCCCAGAAGCCUGACCCCUGCCAGUGCUCCCGCAUCAGCCCUGCCAACCGGGAGAACUGCGGCUUCCCCGGCAUCUCCAGCGACCAGUGCUUCACCAGGGGCUGCUGUUACAACUCCGACGUCCCCGGGGUCCCCUGGUGCUUCGAGCCCCUCCCAAAGCAAGAGUUGGAGGAGUGCGUCAUGGAGGUCUCCGCCCGCAAGGACUGCGGCUUCCCGGGCAUCAGCCCCGAGAACUGCACGGUUCGGGAGUGCUGCUUCUCCGACGCCAUCCGGGACGUGCCCUGGUGCUUCUUCCCGCUCUCCGUGGAAGGGCCAGGAGAGACCCGGUAUUUCCAAAAGACGGGCAGAGAGCACUGACCUUGAAGGACGCCACUCCACAGUUAGGAAAUCAGGAUGUUCCGAAGAGCACAGCUGUGGCUCAGAAAUAUCCAAGUGAUUCUUUGUGUGUGACCUAAGGGUCUACCUGGAAAGUUACCAGUUAACUGGGGAGAAUGGCACCCGGCCCCAGGGGACCGUGUCCCCUGGCAGCUCCUUCUCCGGUGGGGUCGGCGGGAGUAAGGGCCGUGGUCGCGCGGACCCGCAGACUCUUAGCGCAGGCUCCCCGCUCCCUGUGGUCCUCACCCACCGU